UGGUAUAUUUAUAUUACAUAAUGGAUUCUUGCUGUACAUGCGGUUUGUUGGUGGGUAUAGGAAACCCGUUAUUAGAUAUAUCAGCAAUAGUUGACGAAGAUUUGCUCAAGAAAUAUGAUCUUCGUCCUGAUGACGCUAUCAUGGCUGACCCUAAGCACAUGCCACUUUACCGUGAACUCGUUGAAAAGUAUAAUGCUGAGUUUAUAGCUGGAGGCAGCGUUCAGAACUCCUUAAGAGUUGCUCAAUGGAUACUGAAGAAACCUAAUGUAUGCACUUACUUUGGUUGUGUCGGAAAUGAUGAUUACGCAACAAUAUUAAAGGAGAGGGCCAUUGCGGACGGUGUAACAGUCCGGUAUCAAGUGACGGAGGAAGCACCGACUGGCACUUGUGCCGUAUUGGUGACGGGCACGCAUCGCUCGCUGUGCGCCAAUCUGGCCGCAGCACAGAAGUUCACUCCCGACCAUUUGGCUAAGGACGAGUGCCAGAAGAGCAUCGAGAGUGCGAAGUUCUUUUACGCCUCUGGUUUCUUCGUUGCUGUGUCACCUGAAUCUAUAAUGUUACUAGCGAAGCACGCCCACGACAAAGGACAUACGUUUAUUAUGAACUUGAGUGCGCCUUUCGUGUCGCAGUUCUACAAGGAGCCCUUGGAAGAGAUGAUGCCCUACGUUGACGUAUUGUUUGGAAACGAAUCGGAAGCUGAUGCAUUUGCGAAGGCAUUCAACAUAACAGAAGCCAAUCUUCAAGAAGUCGCUUUAAAAAUAGCGGCGCUACCAAAAGUAAACUCAGCCAGGCAAAGAGUGGUUGUUAUAACCCAGGGGAAGGACCCGGUUAUCCUCGUAGAAGGGACAAAGGUCACUCUUGUUCCGGUGGAAAAGUUAUCCAGGGAACAAAUUGUGGAUACAAACGGUGCAGGAGAUGCGUUCACAGGAGGUUUCCUAAGUCAAAUGGUUCUAGGAAAGUCAUGGGAGACUUGUGUCAAGUGCGGUAUUUACUCCGCAACUCAUAUAAUACAGCAUUCUGGCUGUACAUUCAGCGGCGACAGUGAUUUUAGAGAAAGCUAGUACUGUAGGUUUGGUGGGUUAUACAUAUCAUAAUGCAAUAAAUAGUAAUAAGUGACUAUGCAAUUCAACUUUUAUAAGAUUUAUUUCUCUGAUCAGUUGCUUAAUUUUUUUGUUUAUUGUAGACAAUCAAAACGUGUAAUUAGGUGUACAUUGUUUUGAACAAUAAUACUAAAAGAUAAAGUUUAAUAUGAAAUUAUUAUGUUAUAUAAGAGACCAUUUUUAUAUUGGAAGAGUAUUGAAGCUAAAAUACUCGAAAAUUAACUUUGUACAAUGUGUACUAUAAAUGCAUAUACUUAAUUUAGAAGUAAAAUAUACAAUAAGCCACAUUUUAGCGUAUUUACAUAGCUCAGAUGGUUUAUAAUAACGGUAUAUAGUUGUGAUAAUCCAUACUUAAAAGACUACAUGUUACCUAUAUGUAAAGAUUCAAUUAAAAAUGUCAUCAAGAUCUCA